UAUCCAGACACCUGGAGCAGCCAGUGCCCUGAAAGGGACCAUUUGUUCCGCUAUCUCUAGAGGACCUAUUCUCUCAGCAGAUGAGCCCACCUCCCCCAAGAAGCCAAAGAGUAUCCCUGAGCCCACCCCCAGAGACAUGGAAGUUGACGUCACCUCUCCCCAACCCUCUGAAUGGACUUCAGUGAGGAUUGGCCCUGGGGAAGAUGCAGUCGGGCAGGAUGUGCUGGCUGUACGUGUCCUGGUCACCAGUGAGGACAGCAGCUCUGAUGCAGAAUCCGACUGUGGCAGCAUCAGAGCUCCCUGUGCAAAGGCCCGCAAAGAGAGGCCCCAGCUUCCAGAAUCCACGCCUCUAUCAAAGCCCCCAGCCCGGCACAGCUCCCUGAGGGAGCCCCUGACUAGACCAGUCUCUCUCCUACACCACGAGGAGCCACAAGCUAUCCAUGCUCUGCAAAGGACCCACAGCCUCCAGUCUCCAGCUCCAAGCAAAUACCAGAACUGGAGAAGAAAAUUCCCGUCCAAUUCAACACCCAUGAACAAAAGAGCACCAUCGCCUCCAAAGGAGCCUCCUCCUCCUCCAUCUUUAUCUUCUUCAUCUUCUCUGCCAUCUUCCUUUUCCUCAGCCAGUGUACCUGGGCACACUUCAGAGAAUUUCUCCCCUCCUCGGGUGCCAGCUUACAGCCUCCACUCCCUGCCAGUCUCCAGAGGUGAUUUAAGCCCUAUUCCACUCUACCUGAGACGUGCCAGGGCUCAAGGGAUCUUGAAGGAAGUGCCUCUCUAUCUGCCUCAUGGCCCCAUGCUGGAGAGCACAGGCCUGGGGAGCCCCAGUGGAGAAGACCUCAGCAGCCCUGUGCAAAUGGCUUCAGAGGACUGCAGGGAAGCACGGGCUCCUCUUGGGAGCACCAAAAGCAUGUACAAAGAUUCCCACCCCGUUGCAGGGGAGGACCAGCUUUUGUCCCAUCAAAACCUAGCUCUUGGGGCUGCAGGGAACCCAAGAGAACUGAAGGAGAGACCCAGGAGGGGACAGACAGGUGGCCCAGAGCUGUCUGAAGAAAGGAAGUUGGGUUUGAAGAAAUUAGUCCUCACACAGGAGCAGAAAACCAUGUUGCUAGACUGGAGUGAUUCUACCCCUGAGCACAAGGCUGGGGAGCGACUCUCCCAGGAAAGAGCUGAGAAUGGCAGAGGCCGGACCCUGAAAUCCUCUACCCUCCCUCAGGCAGUGAAAGAGAAACUAAUAUCCCAGACAGGCAUCCCAGAGGAGAUGCGUCCCCCAACUGUCAAGGCGCCCCGGGAACGAGAAGUGCCUCCACCCAAGUCUCCCCUGAGGUUCAUAGCAAAUGCCAUCCUAAAGUCUCUGCUCCCCAAUUCGGAAGGUGGAAAGAAAACCUGCCCUAAACCGGAGUCAAAAACAUUGCCUCGGGGCCAGCCACAUACCUUCACACGCUCCUUUAGUUUUCGGAAACCCAGUUCCAUUAAAGAUGGGGACCAGCAGUCUCCAGGGAGACACAUGGCCAAGAAGGCUUCAGCCUUCUUCUCUCUGGCUUCUCCAACUUCUAAGACUGCCCAGGCCUCAGACCUUAGCCUUCCUGACCCUAUCCUCCGCACCCGGAGUCUGCCCAGUCGUCCAUCCAAGAUGUUCUCUGCAGCCACAUCCCCACCACCCCGCAGCAAGAUUGAAGAUGUCCCUACCCUCCUGGAGAAAGUGAGUUUACAGGAUGCCACUCAAGUUCCAAAGAAAAGAGCCUUGUGUGUUCCCUCCCUUGGCCUCAAAGAUAAAUCCUUUGAGAGUUUUCUCCAGGAAUGCAAACAGAGAAAGGAUAUUGGGGACUUCUUUAACAGCCCCAAGGAGAAGGGGCCACCCAGGAACAGAGUCCCAUCCUUGGAGAAGCCAGCACAGCCUUUUGGCAGCACCUCCCGGGGGCAGGUGGCGCAUCCUUCUUCUACAGGGCAAGAUACACGCACGACAGUGACAGAGGCCAUCUCUUCUCCCUCUUCAGCCACCUCCUCCUCUGCAGAUGAAGACUUUGACUCCAGGCUUUCCUCCAGGUCAAAGGAGAAGAUACCCAGAAGAAGAAGGAAGCUGGAGAAGCAGUUGGUUAAGCAAGAAGAAUUGAAAAGACUCCAUAAGGCUCAGGCCAUCCAGAGACAGCUAGAGGAGGUGGAAGAGCAGCAGAGGACCUCAGAGAUCCGGGGCGUGAAGCUGGAGAAGGUUCUGAGAGGAGAAGCAGCAGAUUCAGGGACACAGGACGAAGCCCAGCUUUUGCAGGAAUGGUUUAAGCUGGUUCUGGAGAAGAAUAAAUUAAUGCGAUAUGAGUCGGAGCUACUGAUCAUGGCCCAAGAGUUAGAGCUAGAAGAUCACCAGAGCAGACUGGAGCAGAAACUACGGGAGAAAAUGCUCAAGGAUGAGGGCCAGAAAGAUGAGAGUGAUCUAAAGGAGGAGCAAGAAAUAUUCGAGGAGAUGAUGCAGGUGAUCGAGCAAAGAAACAAGCUUGUGGACUCCCUGGAGGAACAGAGGGUCAAAGAAAGGACCCAAGACCAACACUUUGAAAACUUCGUUCUCUCCAGAGGCUGUCAGCUCAGCAGGACUUGAGGUGCCCUUCCCCCAUUGGAGCCAGAGAGCCAAGAACACCACACUUUCUCACCCAGGCCCUGAAUUUAGGCCUUACUGCUUAAAAAAAGAAAGAACAGAAGAAAGGAAAGAAAGAAGGGAAAAAAUUAAAUGCCUCUCAUAUGAGCUCCAUAUUGUAGUUCAUGUCUAUAAUCCCUGCUGAGGAAAGCUGAGGCAGGAGAAUUGCUGUGAGUUCCAGGCCAGCCUGCGUUAUACAAGGAGACCCUGUCUCAAAAAACAAACAUCUCUGAUAGGUCUUAUAUCUGUUAUGGCUUCCCAAGAUUUUUUUCCUAAGUCUGUAAUGAAAAAAUGACCAAGUCCCUUGAGCCUGGCAGUGCACAGGAGCCCGUCGUCCUGAGAGUGGAGGUGAUCUUGGCAGACGCCCAGCAUUGUUUGCUCCCUGGAAAGUCACACAGGCUUGACCUCCCUGCCGCCUUUGUCAUUUUUCUUUAUAAUUCAUUGAGUUACAUGUUUUAAGACUUUUAAGAAAUGCCUUUUCAUUAAUACGUCCAUAUUUGUCUUUUUUGCACGGCUGACCAGUUUCCAAAUGUCAGGACGCAGCAGCGGCAGUUUAAAGAUUAGCUUAAUAUUUAAAUUGUGUUUCCAGAGAAAGCAGAGAAACCCUGAGAUUACUGAUUAAAUAAAGCCAAUAACUCAUA